UUGAGUGUGAGUGUGGUUUGCUCUCUUUGUCUCUUUUUUUUUUUAAUAUUCGUUUUCCUUUUGUUUUCAAACAUUGCACAGUGAGGCAGGAAAUGAUCUAAUUAGAAAAACGGUUAACAGAAUAUUCAGUGAUUUAAAAAAAUAACCUAACAAAACGGGCUUAACACAAAAAAUUUAAAAGAUGAAAAGAAAAUUAAUAAGUGUAUAAAAGCUAAAAAAUAGUCCAAUUAAUAAUAAACAAAUUUUUUAAAUCAAUCAAUAUGAAAUUAUUUGAGUUAGUUUCACUGUGCGUUUGCAACGUUAUUUAUAUAUGUUCAUAAUGCACUGUGGACUAAAAAUAAACUAAAUAUUUAUUAAAAAAAUAAUAAAAAACCGAAAAAUAUUAACUUAAACAUUUGAAAAUACAAAAAGUGUCGUUGUCAGCUCCAGUGUGCGCUCGUUGCGGUGGAAAUUUUUGAGCGGAAAAUUUUUUUGUGUUUUGUAAACUGGCCCCUGCUGAUUAUUCGAUGCGUUUGACAUAUUUGAACACUACUUUAUCGCCAUUCAAACUGUGGGCGAGCGGCAUACAAAACACUUAGAAUUUAUUUUGGCUCCAAUUAAUCUGGUUUUGAUAUUAUUUUUUCAGUGUUGAAAUAAAUAAAUAAUUGAUAAAAGCACCCGAAAAUGUAAACGAGAAGCGCAUGCUUAAAGCACAAAAAAAAAAAAAUAAAAUAAGAAAAAAACCGAAAAGAAAAAUAAACAAUAUCGAAGCGUGUGAAUAUUUGUAUAUAAAGUGGUUUAAAUGUGAAACAUAAUAAUAAAAAACAAGUUCGAGAUAUUUUGCAAACUUAAAGAGCGACAAACUUGAAAACGACAGCAUCAAUUGAAAACGCCUCGCAACAAUGUUGCACAACAAUCGCGACAAUGGAGACCAACAAACAACAGCAGCAGCAGCAACAUCAACAACAACAGAAGGCAAUGGAACAGAGCCAACAACUGCAACGCACUUUGCAACAACAUCUGCUGCAGCGCCAGCGACAUCAGCUGGUGUAGAGGAAAUAAAUGCAACAGCUGAGGGUCAAGCGCCGUCGACAACAGCUGUGGCGGCAGAGCGAGCGGAAUUGGCAACAUCUUAUGUCGAUGAUGUCUCUGCUGCCGCUGCGGGCGCUGCUCUUUCGUCCGCAUUCAAUGCUCAGAUGCGAACGCAGCAGCGACAGAAGAUCAAGAUAUACCACGAUGCCAAGCAGACGGCGGUAUGGCGCACCGAUUCGCUGGCCUCCAAUCCCAACUCGACGAUGUCCCCGGAUUUUGUGAGCUCUGGUGUAGGAAGUAGUGGACGCGGAGCCGGAAGCAGUGCACCCAUGGGAUUGCCCAUGCGAAACACCAUCCUGUCGACUGCACCCAGCCUGCUGCAGCGAAAAUCCUCGGACAGCUCACUGAACUCAUCCAUCGUCCGACGCGUCUCGUUUCCGGAUAACCAACUGGUCACCGGUUACCUAGAGCCAGCCGAUCCCUGGAAACAAGUUUGCCUUGUGAGGAGCAUUUCCGAGGUCGUUGAUCAGUAUGUGCAGUCAUGUGUAAAGCAUCACACAACACCGUUAGAAAGUGUAAUGGACCAUCUAAAGGGUCUGGAUCUGAACCAGGUGCGGCAGCCCUUACUCUCACUUAAAGCGAAAAAACUCAGCCCCAACGAUUGCGAAGCCCUGGAAGAGAUUUUCAAAAGGAUACAAUACAAAUGCAUAGAUCUGUCCGACUGCACGCUGGACGAAACCUGUUUGAUGGCCCUCUUUCAGAUGAUCGAAUACUAUGAAGCGGCCUACGAGCUGGACAUUUCCUACAACAAGGAGCAGAUGACGAAGCGCUGCUGGGAACUGUGUGCAUAUAUGGUGGAACGCAGCCAAGAACUGCAGCUGCUUAACGCCGAGAGCAAUCAGAUCACAAAGUUGGGUGCCGACAGCCUUGGUCGCGCACUGGGCUCCUCCAAUUUGCACACACUUAAGCUUGAGCACUGCGGCCUCAGAGGACAGCCACUCAUCCAUCUCUGCCGAGGUCUCUACCAAAACAAAAUGCUCAAGGAGCUAUGGGUAGGCUACAAUGACUUGGACUGUGUGGAUGCCCAGCAUAUAGCCGAUAUGUUGCGGUACAACCACAGCUUGGAGCUAAUCGACAUUAGCAACAACAACAUAAGGAAUGAGGGCGUCAUGUACCUGGUACAGGCCCUAAUCCUUCAGUCCACAGAGCUGGAGCGACGAAUGGGAGCCUUAAAGCGUACCCGUGCCAUAGAGGUGGAUGAGUGUGUGUCGCCUGUGGAGACGGAGCCCCCAGCAUCCACCACCCAGUCCGCCAUAUCGUCCAUCAGUCCAGCAAAAGAUGUCGUCGAUGGUGAGUCAUCUGCACUCGUAACCACGAUUCCAGAGACUCCGGCGGAGGAGGCAGCGUCAACCGAUCCAGCGGUAGGUGUCCUUGUCGACUUGGAUAAUGAUAACGACGACGAAAACACCGAGGACACUGUUCGCACUGUGAGGAACUGCAGCCAAAAUGUCAGCGGGCAAUCGAUGCUGGACAAGCUGCUUUCCAUGAACAGCGACAGCAGCAGUGAGGAGGCGCCUUCGAAUAUAUCCACCGACACUCUGGCCGCCUGUUGCUCCGAGGAUAUCAGCGAGAUCAGCAACGAUAUGUGUGAACUCCCCACCCCCACCGCUAAGCAGCCGCUGGCAGGAGACGAAGUCGGUCCGGCCAUGAUCUCAUCCAGUCCGAUAGAGUCCGAAUCGGUCCCUGAUGCAGCUGAACUUCAAGAGCCGCUGCCUCCCGCGCAACAACAACAGCAAUGUUCUCAAAACGAACGCAACUUAUGUGAUAUUACUCCCUCAACAGAGGCUAAAACCGUUGAACCCAAUGAAUCCUGUGUACAGAACAACAUCAUCAACAACAACAACAAUAACAAUGCUAACAAUUCCCUCAACAAUAGCAACAAUAAUAAUACAAUUCAAUUGCCAUCGGAGACAGGAGCCACAGCAACCCUAGCAGUAGUAGCACCGCCACUCGAGAUCGGAAGCAGUCCCAGUGGUUCAUCGCCAGCGCCCAUUUUUGAGGUCACCGCUGAGGAGAGCGAUUGUAUCAAUGGCAGUGGAUCGGUGGCGGGUGGGUCACGACCGCUGGACGUAAACAAAAAUGCAAAGGUGGUAGACGACUUCGAGGAUACGCACAGCACGGACUCGGCAUUUGAGAGCGCAUCUGAAGGCGAUAUAAGUCGACAUUUGCCGGAUGAGUUUAGCAGGCUUUCGGUGUCCUUGGAAAGCACACGGCUGGAUGAUAUGGCUAAAGAGAUGUGUGGCAUAGAGACGGCCACCAUUGCCACAGAAUCCACUGAGUGUCUGCUUGCCGCCCAGGAAGCAGCGACGCCCACUCCUACGCCGGCAGUCCCCGCGCCGGUAAAACUGGAAGAUGCAUUCCCGCUGCCGAAAGUAACUAUUGCCGAGGAGUGCCUACUGGCGGUUAAAGAACUGAGCCCUACUCCCUUCCCGUGCCCCAGCCCGGCACCCACGCCCCCACCACCGUCCACGUCGCCGGGAGGAGUAAGCAUUGGCCUACGCCGAACGGAAUCAAGCUGUGCGUAUCUCAACCAGUCCACCCGCAACCGAUCCCAGAGCUCCGAUAGUCUGUGCAGCGAGACAUCGCUAGACGGGAUGAGCAGCGGCGCCAGCAACAAUAGUGUAAGCUCUAGUGCCUCCGCCGAUCCCAAGUUUGCCGAAAAGCUAACUAAGAACGACACCCUUUCGCGUCGCCAGCUAGCCGAGGCCACGCUGGAGGCCAAUCGAUCACCAAGCGGCCUAAAGGCCCUUACACUCUGGAAUAAUAAUCUGACCAAGGACUGCGCCACUGCUGUUUCAGAGCUUCUGCAGAAGACCAUUUCGCUUGAACUGCUCAACAUUGGCAAGAAUUGCCUCUCCAAUGACUUUGUUUCAACCAUAAAGGAGAGUCUGACGAAAAACACAACUCUGACCACGUUAGGGCUACAGAGUGCCCAUCUGAGCGCCAAGGGUAUCGAGACGUUGGCCUCCAUCCUCACUUUUGGUGGCAACAGCAAGCUCCAGCGCAUUGACAUCCGUGACAAUAAACUAGAGGUGGAAAGUCUGAACAUAAUCGCCGAGGUGCUCAAGUCUAAUAAAACGCUCACCCAGAUCGACAUCAAUGAUGAACCAAAGCGACUGACGUUGCCCAUAGUGCCGAUAGUAAAUGUUAUACCGCCAUCGCCAUUGCCCCAGGAGACCAUCGGCAGCGAUGCUCACUUGGAUUAUACAAGGAUGCUGGGUACCGUUCGCUCCCUGUGCUCACGAAAUGAGAAGCGCCAGGCCCAGGAGCUGGCGGAGAAGACAUUGAACGUGGUCGGCGGCGGUAGCAGCGUUGGAAGUAGCCUUCCGGGUAUACGGUGUCGCGGCGGUUACUACUUGGGCUCGCGGAAGAUCUCGUUGACUUGCCAUAGUCGCCCAUUCGUGGACGCGGCUACUGGCACUGUGACUGCAACGCCUACCGCGACCGCUGCAGCAACCGCCAUGCCCACACCGGCUGCCCUGCUGGAGGUGAAGCGGAAGAGUGGACCCCGACUCCGCUCCCCGGGACCAAGUCCGCCUACCAUAUCGCCGUCGUCCUCGCCCAACCGUAGCCGCUUUCAAGUGUCUCGCGUGGCUGAAGUGUCCAGUCCCCUGAUCUCGCCAUUGGCCCAGCAUCCGCCACCGCAUACGCCGCGCUCUGCCAGCAGCUGCAUGUCCAUACCCACCAUCGGAUCGCCUAGUGGCAGUCAGAGCAGCCUCAAUGCCGUUGGAGCCCUGCCCACCUCCAGUUCAUUGCCUGCGAUGGCAUCUGUUACCUCCUCGACGCAGACGAUCAAGCGCCUGUCUGUGUCGCCCAGGUCUCGUUUCCAUGUGUCUCGCAUCUACGAAGAUCCCCAGGUGCCAAUGGCCAACCGACAGUUGCCACCCAUCACACCGCACACGCCACCGAUAGACCUGCCGCCCACGCCAAUGUUGAAGUCGGCUAGGAAGGCGGUUCUACUCUCCGAAGCAGUGGAGGCAGCAGUUGCUGCGGUGCCUGUAAGCAGUGUGGUUAUUGUAGAGGCCAGCGAUGACACGGACGCACAUAGUACAAAAGUCGAAGAAGCUAACGAGCAAAAGGUUUCCCCGCACCUGUCCAUAUCACCCACCUUGAGUCAGUCGAGCUCAACCUCGCCUGGAAGCAGCAGCAGCGGGAGCAGUAGCACUAGCAAUGGUAGCACAUCAACCUCAACCUCCACCGAUGUUACAGACUCCGUGGCUUCUGGCCCAGAUGCUCCACACAGGACCUGUCCCCUGGCCGUGUUUGGCGAUAAUGACAUCACGUUGACCAAGGAAUCGGCCAGUGUGGUUGCAAUCUCUGCUGCUGCUGCGGCAAGCAAAAUGAAUACAGUUGUGGAAAGUGAACCAGAACCAGCGCCGCCUGCCGAGCCCGUCAGCAACGCCCCACAGACGCGUGCAAGGAAGACUUCGUGGAUAGCCAAUCCGUCGGCAGUGGACAAGCUGCUCACUUUAUUCAACACCGGCACCAUGUUCCAACGCAGCUCCUCGCCAGAACCGAAGACCAGUCAAAUAACAAACGUGCCGACGGCAAACACGAUUACAAACAGCACACAGAAUGCCACAGCGGCAAGCGCAGUUGGAGGAGCCAGCGGAGUCGACACCAGUACCUCAAUUUCUAAUCCUAUUCUUUCGGUUGCCCGAAAAUCUUCGCCUGCUUCGUGGACCUCACUGACCGGUAGCAACUUCUCCAACGCCAGCCAAAAUACGACGUCAACUACGGAAACGGGGAGUUCAUCCUUCCUCGACACAGCCUCCAGACAGUUGCGGGAUUUCAGCAAGCAAGUCUUUAGGCAGAACAUUUCCUUCAACAACAGCGGUGAACAGGCGGUCUCUAGUGCAGCUGCACAGCAUGAGUUGAGCACGGGGACGUCGGCCUCGAGCAGCACGGAGUCGCCAUCGCCGCCGGAGUGCAAUACGGCUCACAUGCCGCUCAGUCUAAAGCGUCAGCUUAAAGAAAACAUUUCACCAGAGCACACUAUCAACGAGGAAACACUUCAUUCGCUUCAGAAACUAUCGAGGGCAGAGGAUGUGGCGCUAAAGGCAGAAGCUGCCGCCGAACUGGGUGACAUUGAGAUUGUGAUGCACAGUGAGGUGGUCGAUUGCCAUCUUCCAGAGGAUAAGCAGCCAGAGCAGGAGGAAACAUUUUCGAGCGUCGUUUAAGAACGUGAAAAAGAAAAACUUAUCGGAAAAAAAGAAAACAGAAACCAGAACUCAAACGACUAAAACUAACACCCACCCAGCAUUCCCAUGGCUCUCCUUUGUACUUUGUACGGUACCCCACCCGCCUUGAAAAACUGGUUAAAAGGUCAAGGAAGAUAAUGAUAAUGAUAAUGGGAGUUUGGGAUUCUCCCAACUAUAGAAAACAAAAUAUGAUGAAGUACACAAGUUAUUACUAACUUUGUUUUAUUUUUGGUUAAAUUCAUUUUAAGUUUUAUAACAGAAGAAAAUAUAAAUAUAUUUUAAUUAUACAUUAUACCUAUGGCAUAAGAAAUGCAAACUAAUGCUCAAUAUUCACUUCAAGAAGAGCUGCUUCCGAAACUGAAAGAUGAACCCUUUUCAUUCGGCAGUUUCCUCUGAAGUGAGUACUGACUCAAAAGAGGAUAUACUUUAAUGAAUGUAAAAUAUAAAAACAACAUUUCAAAUGUACACACAUACAUAUAUAAACCACACAUACCUAUAGAAACACUAAAUGGCUUAGUGAGGCCAUUAGAAGAUGACAUUUAAAAAGUUGCAUAUCUAUAUAAGGCGAACCUCGUGUGGAUGCUACAAAAUUGUACUUACCAUUGGUAUCGGAAUACUGAAAAACUAACCAUAAUCAGAAAACACAAAAAAGCCACCGGAAACACAUUGUUAUACAUAAAUAAGUUACAACUUAAUAGGAUUACGUUUACACUUAUGUAUAUGGAGUGCAAUUCUUUAAUUUUAUUCGUUACUUUUCCAACUUUAAUCAACUCGAUAACAACUCAAAUUAAGUGCAAACUGGAUCAGUUCAGUUCAAGUAUUAUGAAUUGGAACAACUUUCAAAAUACAUACAUAAAUUUAAAUUAGGUACUUAAUCAGCUUACGGAUUGCCACUAACUAUGUAAUUAGCCCACCAGUCAGCAGUCAGCCCAAACCUGUAGACAAUCUUAAGUUCAAUGACAUUGUGCAAUUAUUCGUAUAUUCUUAUUUCACAACCCAAUACUUAACAACGGAAAUGAAGCGCAAACGAAAACAAAAGUACCCAAUAUAAAUCCAAUUGAUCUCAUUAUGUGAUAUUUGUCGUAGUGCCCAAAGCGUUCACUGUACGUGUAUCUAUAACCAAAACAUACGAGUUAAGUACAGUGUGUACAUGCCGAACACUUUUGCUCUAAGUAAACUUACUCAGCCAUCUUCCUCAACACCAACUGAUACGGAUUCCCAGAACAGCUUUAGUUUAGAGUUGGGCCUCAAGAAAGAUAGGUGAACUAUGCAACUUUUUAGAAUGUCAGCUUCUGAUGGACCUACUCAAACGUUAUAGAAAUAAUUCAAAUACAACACACACAUAUAGCUAUAUAUAGAUACAUAUAUAUAUAAUAACAUGUAAACAUAUUUUGAUUCAUGGAAGAUCUUGUAAAUACCGCGUGUGUACUCUCUAUUAGGAAAUGGGGAGUCUCUAGACGAGGCUAACCCGAAACUUCACGUUUUUUUUUUUGCUCUUUGUUAACGAUUUUUGUUUUUGUUUAAUAUUUUAUUGUUUAAAACUUAAAUGUAACUAUAUAGAUAUGUGUAUAUCUCUAUAUAUAUUAUGUACGUAUAAGUAGUCAAAAGCAAAUCAAUUUUUCAAAUAUUUUCUAAAAUGUACCAAUCAAACGAUGUAUCUUCUUGAGUUAAGUGGAAUUACUUAAAACCUGUAUCGUACUUAAUUUACAAAUCGAAGAAGAUAUUUCUGGUGCUUAACGAUCGCUAAGAUUUUGCCUUAUUAUAGAUCCCUAUUUUCGGCUAUCGAAAUUCAACACCAGUCCCAUUAAUUAUUUUUGUUUAAAAAUUUGAUGCUAAAUUUGUUUCUUGUCAAUAGCUAUGAUUUUGUUUUACAUUGGCAACUUUAUUACCUAUUUUUCGUAAUCUAAGUUUAUAAAUUAGAAAAAACUACUAAACCGAAAAAUUUAUUGAAUAAACAUGAAAGUUGUAAUG